AUGCAAUACACCGCUGUCGCCGUCCUUGCUCUUGCAGCAACUGCCUCUGCCGCCUACAAGAACGAGACUGUCUCGUACACCACUGAGGUCGUCACCGACUAUGUCACCUACUGCCCAGUUGCCACCACCUUGACCUACGGCCACGUCACCUACACUGCCAAGGAGUCUGAGACCGUCACCAUCCCUGGCACCUACACCGUCGUCAAGCCAGUGACCACCUCCAGCGCUGUUGCCCCAACCUACACCCCAGUUUACCCAACUGCCAACGCCACCACCGUUGCCCCAGUCCCAACCACCUACCCAGCUGGAACUGCCGCACCAACUGUUGCCCCAACUGCCACCCCAGCCCCAUCCCCAAUCACCGCCAACGGUGCUGGCAAGACCAUGGCUCUCUCCGGAGCCUCCCUCGCCGGUCUCGUCGGCCUCGCCGCUUUCCUUUUGUAA